GCACUCUCUUUUUUCUCUCCGUGAUGUUUACGUCUGCUUCGUCUUCUUCAUCAUCAUCGUCUCUUCCUCUUCUCCCUCCAUUUUCUUUCACGUAUACAUCUAAAAUCCCCAUUUUUGCAGAGCAACAACAAUGGAGGCCCUCUCCCACGCAAAACCCUACUCCUCCUCCCACCUCCCCUUCUCCCCUCCCCGCCGCAGGCCCUCCCCCCUCCUCCGCGCCCAUCGCUCGCCUCUCCGUGUGACCUUGUGCAGUUGCUCCAAGAACCAAUUUAGUCGGAGUGGCUACGCAUUUCGUGGCUCGGAUUUGAGAAAUUUUUUGAUGGGGGAGCGUGUGAUCCAAAGGAGCACCAUCGCGAGGUCGGAGAUCGCCGCCGCAGGUCCCGCCGAUGAUUCGUCCCGUGCUUUAUCAGAACUGAAACUGGGUUCGAGAAUCAGAGGGGUUUGCUUUUACUCCGUGACCGCCGUUGUCGCCAUAUUUCUAAUCGUGGCGAUGGCAUUGGUGCAUCCUUGUGUUCUCCUCUUCGAUCGAUACCGUCGGAGAGCUCAACACUUGAUCGCCAAGAUAUGGGCUACAUUGACCAUCGCCCCAUUCUACAAGCUCGAGAUCGAGGGGAUGGAGAAUUUGCCCCCGCGGAGCACCCCGGCAGUGUAUGUUUCCAACCACCAGAGCUUCUUGGACAUAUACACUCUUCUAACGCUAGGGAGGUGCUUCAAGUUUAUAAGCAAGACGAGCAUUUUCAUGAUCCCGAUCAUCGGGUGGGCUAUGAAUUUCUUGGGAUUCAUUCCGUUGCGGCGCAUGGACAGCAGGAGUCAGCUGGAUUGUCUCAAACGCUGCGUGGAUUUGGUGAGAAAAGGGGCAUCGGUGCUUUUCUUUCCGGAGGGUACUCGAAGUAAGGAUGGAAAGUUAGGUGCAUUCAAGAAAGGCGCAUUUAGUGUUGCUACAAAGACUGGUGUACCUGUUGUGCCCAUAACUCUUAUGGGAACUGGAAAACUGAUGCCCGCAGGAAUGGAGGGGAUUCUAAAUUCGGGUUCCGUGAAAGUUGUUAUUCACCAUCCUAUUCAAGGCAAAGAUGCUGCUUCGUUAUGUAAUGAAGCUAGAAGUGUUAUAGCCGACACUCUUAUCCUCCACGGCUAUGGCGUGCAUUGAAAUGAGUAAACAGAUACUGCUCUUUUUAAGAUCUCAAUGAUGAGGCUUUCCUUCUUCAUCUAUACUGAUGAGGAUGAUACAGCAAGAGUGGAAUGAAAACCUUGCCCUUUGCCCUGCUGUUCGCUGCGAUCUUAGCACAUCUGUGGUGCAAUGCUAUAAAAAGAGGAAUGAGUUGGAGCUCUUUGUUUGCUUACCUGAUGCUUUUUGAAGAGAUAUAUAUGGAACUAAAGUUUAAUUUUUUCCGACUCAUCAUACACAAUAAAUAGUUCAUAGUAUGGUCACAUGCACGAUGCUCGCUUAGAGGAAAGUAGUUUCUUAUCAGCACAAUUUAGAAUGGAAAGCUAUUUGUAGGAGUGCUACUCAGAAAUAGAUGGUGUUUAAGUUCGUAUGUUGCUAAACUUAUUGUUUUAUUGUCAUCCUGAGAAACACAGAGGCCAUAGUAGUCAAUUUUGUGUGUUUGCGACAUGUGAAUAUAAGUGUUUCUCUUCAAAAUUAUUCUGUCAAA